AUGGAUUGGAAAACCUCAAAGCCGGCGAUAUGGUCUCUCCUCAUACCGUACUUGCUUUUAGAGCAUUUUAUGAAGACCCUUUCCAUUGUAAGCUAUAUAUCUAUGCUAGGUAAUUACUUGAACAUGGCGGGUCUCGCACUGAUAAUAUAUCACAUAUUCUUAGCACCUCACGGCGUUGUUCUGUUGGCGUCCACCGAUCCAUUGGCUUUAUUUUUCGUUAUUGGCACUUGCUUGUUCAACUUGAGCGCAGUUGCUGUUAUAUUGUCCCUUGACAAAGCGCUGAAAAAUCCAAAAGUUUUGACGCAACCGUGCGGAAUGUUAACGGUGGGAAUGUUCAUACCAACAGUCUUCACAACCGUUUUCGGUGUACUAGGAUAUUGGUCUUUUGGCAUGAUGGAGGAGAACGUGUUGCGAUCGCUGCCCUUCGAUGAUUAUUCAGCUAUGGCAGCCAUAGGCUUAUACCUCAUAGCCAUAGCUUUCGCCUACCCGAUACAGUGUUACCCAGCCAUCGCUAUGAUAGUGGAUGUUAUCAAGAAUUGGAACCCUCAAAGUACACCAUCUGAUGAGCUGCUGAAGACUAUCGAGACUACGGCACGACCUCUCUUCGUUAUGACUUCGUGUAUGAUUUUUUUCCCCUCUGUAGCGAAGUCGAACUAUGGAAUAGAGAAAGAAUAUCGCUCCUUAUUAACUACUAACUUUUUUAUUUGCUACAUGAUACCAAUCCAAGGCGCGUUCGUAGCCUUCGUGGGUAACCUUUGCACCACAUUGCUCGCCUUCGUGUUUCCAGCCAUGAUGGAACUCUGCAUCCUACAAAACUUGCCACAAUGGACGUGGGAGUGCGUUAAUGAUAAAUGCGUCCCAAAUAGAGCGACAUUAGACGGCAAGCUCCAAUCCCUAAUGACAUGCAACAUGCUCUGCGCCUCCAUGACCCUUUGGCCACAGCCCACAGGACACGUCAGCCUCUCGACAACCGCUGUUCCGGUACGCGCUGACCUAUUUCACUUACAAAUCCUUACCUUUCCAUCAAGACCCGUCCGAGAGCACAUCUUUGAAGCGUUUGAUAUAUUUCAAGGAGUUCUUCGUAAGAUGGAGCGGGGCUCACGAAACUUUGAAGAAUGGCAGGCUGUUGAUGUACGCGUCGCUGUCAAUGAGAGCGGUCAAGGUGACCCCAGACUACGCCUAGAUACAGAUGAAAGCUACAGAUUUUCACUAAGGCCAAAAAAUGGCACUACAAGGUCACUGCAGAUGGAUGUAUACGCCAAUUCAUUUUGCGGAGUUCGACAUGCCUUCGAAACUCUUUCUCAAAUCAUCUGGUUCGAUUUAUAUGCUGGCUCUCUGUUUAUGUUGGAAGCCGCUAAUGUUGAUGACGUACCUCGUUUUAGGUACCGCGGCCUGAUGUUAGACACUGCGCGAAAUUACUUUCCCGUGAGUGAUUUGCUUCAGACAAUUGAUGGUAUGGCUUCAUGCAAACUCAAUACAUUUCAUUGGCAUGCAACUGAUUCUCAAUCGUUUCCAGUCGAGUUUGACAGCUUGCCACAGCUGUCGCGUUAUGGCGCGUAUGGUCCUGGUGCUAUUUACACCACUGAGGACAUUCGUACUGUAUCACAUUACGCCAGAUUGCGAGGAAUACGUGUAUUGCUUGAAGUAGAUCUCCCAGCUCAUGUGGGUAAAGCGUGGGACUGGGGUGACAAGCAUUCGGCGGAAAAGGUUCUCUGCUUGGAUAAUAAACCGUGGAUAGAGUAUUGUAAUGAACCUCCUUGUGGUCAAUUGAAUCCCAGAAACGUUGAAGUAUACCAUGUUAUGUUGAAGCUAUACGCAGAAAUAAUGCAGCUUACUGGUGUCGAUGACAUGUUCCAUAUAGGUAACGAUGAUGUUUCUCAACGUUGCUGGGCCGAAGAGUUCAACACUACUGAUCCCAUGGAUCUUUGGGUAGUUUUUACAACAAACGCAUUGCAGCGGUUAGAAGCAGCGAAUGGAAAGUUACCAAAUCUUACUAUAAUGUGGUCUACUCAGAUGAGUGAACGCGUUAAGCUUGACUUGAAGCCUUUCUUACAUAAGCUUGGUUUACAAGCUCGCGACCUGGCGUCGACUCAAAAGUACAUAAGUGGUUUACGCACAAUUAUAUCUCAUCAAGAUGCAUGGGACAUCAAUAACGGUUACAGUAAGUGGUAUGAAGAAACGGGGAGUUCAAAUUACAACUCAUGGCAACGCGUUUACGAACAUAGACCCUGGGCAAGAAAAGAUAUUAAAUAUGUGGAAGGCGGUGAAGCAACCGUCUGGUCUUCCACGUUAAGUACAGAUGGUUUAGACUCAAGAGUUUGGCCAAGGGCAGCUGCUUUGGCAGAGAGGUUAUGGUCAGACAGAGCAGAAGGGGCAACUCGACCUGUCCACGCAAGGUUAGACAUACAUCGCUUACGUCUAAAAACACGUGGUAUUCAGGUAUCUCCAUUGUGGUCAAACUGGUGUUCUCAGAAUCCAUACACAUGCUGA